AUGGAUCACGCGGGCCGGAGCCGCUCUGGGCAUGCUCAGUGGCCUGGCAGGUGGGGCCGCCGCGGAACUCCAGGUCCGGCCGGGAGCAGAGGGGCGGGGGCGAGAGGGAACUGGGCGGGAGCCGCGAUCUGAGUCGCCAGUGUCGCCGGCGACCGCGGAGUUCUGGGCUGGUGGGACCCCGCGCGGGCUGGUUCGGGAUGAGCGAUGGCAUCGGUCAAGGUGGCCGUGAGGGUCCGGCCCAUGAAUCGCAGGGAAAAGGACUUGGAGGCCAAGUUCAUUAUUCAGAUGGAGAAAAGCAAAACAACAAUCACAAACUUAAAGAUACCAGAAGGAGGCACUGGGGACUCAGGAAGAGAACGAACCAAGACCUUCACCUAUGACUUUUCUUUUUAUUCUGCUGAUACAAAAAGCCCAGAUUACGUUUCACAAGAAAUGGUUUUCAAAACCCUCGGCACAGAUGUCGUGAAGUCUGCAUUUGAAGGUUAUAAUGCUUGUGUCUUUGCAUAUGGGCAAACUGGAUCUGGAAAGUCAUACACUAUGAUGGGAAAUUCUGGAGAUUCUGGCUUAAUACCUCGGAUCUGUGAAGGGCUCUUCAGUCGGAUAAAUGAAACCACCAGAUGGGAUGAAGCUUCUUUUCGAACUGAAGUCAGCUACUUAGAAAUUUAUAACGAACGUGUGAGAGAUCUACUUCGGCGGAAGUCAUCUAAAACCUUCAAUUUGAGAGUCCGUGAGCAUCCCAAAGAAGGCCCUUAUGUUGAGGAUUUAUCCAAACAUUUAGUACAGAAUUAUGGUGACGUAGAAGAACUUAUGGAUGCGGGCAAUAUCAACCGGACCACCGCAGCGACUGGGAUGAACGACGUCAGUAGCAGGUCUCAUGCCAUCUUCACCAUCAAGUUCACUCAGGCUAAAUUUGAUUCUGAAAUGCCAUGUGAAACCGUCAGUAAGAUCCACUUGGUUGAUCUUGCCGGAAGUGAGCGUGCAGAUGCCACCGGAGCCACCGGGGUUAGGCUCAAGGAAGGGGGAAAUAUUAACAAGUCCCUCGUGACUCUGGGGAACGUCAUUUCUGCCUUAGCUGAUUUAUCUCAGGAUGCUGCAAACACUCUUGCAAAGAAGAAGCAAGUUUUUGUGCCUUACAGGGAUUCUGUGUUGACUUGGUUGUUAAAAGAUAGCCUUGGAGGAAACUCUAAAACUAUCAUGAUUGCCACCAUUUCACCUGCUGAUGUCAAUUAUGGAGAAACCCUAAGUACUCUUCGCUAUGCAAAUAGAGCCAAAAACAUCAUCAACAAGCCUACCAUUAAUGAGGAUGCCAACGUCAAACUUAUCCGUGAGCUGCGAGCUGAAAUAGCCAGACUGAAAACGCUGCUUGCUCAAGGGAAUCAGAUUGCCCUCUUAGACUCCCCCACAGCUUUAAGUAUGGAGGAAAAACUUCAGCAGAAUGAAGCAAGAGUUCAAGAAUUGACCAAGGAAUGGACAAAUAAGUGGAAUGAAACCCAAAAUAUUUUGAAAGAACAAACUCUAGCCCUCAGGAAAGAAGGGAUUGGAGUUGUUUUGGAUUCUGAACUGCCUCAUUUGAUUGGCAUCGAUGAUGACCUUUUGAGUACUGGAAUCAUCUUAUAUCAUUUAAAGGAAGGUCAGACAUAUGUUGGUAGAGACGAUGCUUCCACAGAGCAAGAUAUUGUUCUUCAUGGCCUUGACUUGGAGAGUGAGCAUUGCAUCUUUGAAAAUAUCGGGGGGACAGUGACUCUGAUACCCCUGAGUGGGUCCCAGUGCUCUGUGAAUGGUGUUCAGAUCGUGGAGGCCACACAUCUAAAUCAAGGUGCUGUGAUUCUCUUGGGAAGAACCAAUAUGUUUCGCUUUAACCAUCCAAAGGAAGCUGCCAAGCUCAGGGAGAAGAGGAAGAGUGGCCUUCUGUCCUCCUUCAGCUUGUCCAUGACCGACCUCUCGAAGUCCCGUGAGAACUUGUCUGCCGUCAUGUUGUAUAACCCCGGACUUGAAUUUGAGAGGCAACAGCGUGAAGAACUUGAAAAAUUAGAAAGUAAAAGGAAACUCAUAGAAGAAAUGGAGGAAAAGCAGAAAUCAGACAAGGCUGAACUGGAGCGGAUGCAGCAGGAGGUGGAGACCCAGCGCAAGGAGACAGAAAUCGUGCAGCUCCAGAUUCGCAAGCAGGAGGAGAGCCUCAAACGCCGCAGCUUCCACAUCGAGAACAAGCUAAAGGAUUUACUUGCUGAGAAGGAAAAAUUUGAAGAGGAGAGGCUGAGGGAACAGCAGGAAAUCGAGCUGCAGAAGAAGAGACAAGAAGAAGAGACAUUUCACCGCGUCCAAGAAGAACUCCAACGACUCAAAGAACUCAACAACAACGAGAAGGCUGAGAAGUUUCAGAUAUUUCAAGAACUGGACCGGCUCCAAAAGGAAAAAGAUGAACAGUAUGCCAAGCUUGAACUGGAAAAAAAGAGACUAGAGGAGCAAGAGAAGGAGCAGGUCAUGCUCGUGGCCCAUCUGGAAGAGCAGCUCCGAGAGAAGCAGGAGAUGAUCCAGCUCCUGCGGCGCGGGGAGGUGCAGUGGGUGGAAGAGGAGAAGAGGGACCUGGAAGGCAUUCGGGAAUCCCUCUUGCGGGUGAAGGAGGCUCGUGCUGGAGGGGAUGAAGAUGGCGAGGAGUUAGAAAAGGCUCAACUGCGUUUCUUCGAAUUCAAGAGAAGGCAGCUUGUCAAGCUAGUGAACUUGGAGAAGGACCUGGUCCAGCAGAAAGACCUCCUGAAAAAAGAAGUCCAAGAAGAACAGGAGAUCCUAGAGUGUUUAAAAUGUGAACAUGACAAAGAAUCUAGAUUGUUGGAAAAACAUGAUGAGAGUGUCACAAAUGUCACGGAAGUGACUCAAGGUUUCGAGAAAAUAAAGCCAGUGGAGUACAGGCUUCAAUAUAAAGAACGCCAGCUACAGUACCUCCUGCAGAAUCACUUGCCAACUCUGUUGGAAGAAAAGCAGAGAGCAUUUGAAAUUCUUGACAGAGGCCCUCUCAGCUUAGACAACACUCUUUAUCAAGUAGAAAAGGAAAUGGAAGAAAAAGAAGAACAGCUUGCACAGUACCAGGCCAAUGCAAGCCAGCUGCAAAAGCUCCAAGCCACCUUUGAAUUCACUGCCAACAUUGCGCGUCAAGAGGAAAAAGUGAGGAAAAAGGAAAAGGAGAUUUUGGAGUCCAGAGAGAAGCAGCAGAGAGAGGCGCUGGAGCGGGCCCUGGCCAGGCUGGAGAGGAGACAUUCUGCGCUGCAGAGGCGCUCCACCCUGGGCAUGGAGAUUGAAGAGCAGAGGCAGAAACUUGCCAGUCUGAACAGUGGCAGCAGAGAGCAGACAGGGCUCCAGGCUAGCCUGGAGGCUGAGCAGGAAGCCCUGGAGAAGGACCAGGAGAGGUUAGAAUAUGAAAUCCAGCAGCUGAAACAGAAGAUUUAUGAGGUCGAUGGUGUUCAAAAAGGUCAUCAUGGGACCCUGGAAGGGAAAGUGGCUUCUUCCAGCUUGCCAGUCAGUGCCGAAAAAUCACACCUGGUUCCCCUCAUGGAUGCCAGGAUCAAUGCUUACAUUGAAGAAGAAGUCCAAAGACGCCUUCAGGAUUUGCAUCGUGUGAUUAGUGAAGGCUGCAGUACAUCUGCUGACAUGAUGAAGGAUAAUGAGAAACUUCACAAUGGCACCAUUCAACGUAAACUAAAAUAUGAGAAAAGGCAGUUUUGCCCAGCAUGGUAUCUUGUCCCACGUCUGCCCAGAGAUGCCACUGACACUUCCAGCCUCAUUAGAGAGGAGAGGAGGGAGGUGGAUCAGAAUGACCACUGGGAUCAUCCCAUGCUGUGGAGCGUCUCAGGCUCUAAAACAACUUCCUCAGCAUCACAAGAGAGAACUCACCAGCAAAGGGAUCAGUCCUCAGUACCCGAGGUAUUCCAGGACAGUGAAAACAAAUAUUGUCAUCCAGAGCAUGCUGGCCAUUUUGAACCAAAAUGUUUUAAUCUACCUAAAAUCUCUUUUCUUAAUGAAAGUAACACCGAUGACGCAGAAGAUUUUCAGAGUAAGUCAGAAAAUUUCAGUGAGCUGAUGACUCAUAAAGAUGAACACAGCUUGAGAGUCAAGUCCAGUUGGACUUUGCUGCAGCAUACGUCCGAAGAAGUGUCUAUAAAUAGUGGAGGCAAGCAGGCCAGGCAAGGCAAGGUGCUCUGCUUGGUUCUGUCUGAAGGCAUUUCCCAUGAGGAGAGAGCAUCCUGCAGUGCCCCGCAGAGCGUACUGGCCUCUGAGUUUUAUAGUGAGCAGCAAGGUGAGGAAGAGUUGGAUGCUAAAAAAAUGAGCUCAUCAGAGUCACUGAUAAAUAUCAGAACAGAAGGAAACAAUGGACUGGGAUAUUUUUACCACAAGUUCUCAGACCUUUAUAAAGAUACCAGCAGUCACCUGCUUCAGGCUGGCACAAAGGUGAUCAGCCAAGCUAGGCUUGUGGGGAGUCUGUGUGCUCCGAGGGGGCUCCCCUCCCAGGUAACAACAUUUGUCAGAAGCGUGCCAUUCCUGAAGCACUUAGCCCCACACAUGCCCUUGAAGAUUGACAUGCAGUCAACAGAAUCUCAUUCACCGGAAGCUCGGGUCGGCAGCAGCGAGAGCGAAGCUGCAGGGAGCCUGAGGCCAGCAGAGGGUGCGGUGCCUUACUGGGCCUCCGUCUUUGCAGCUGCAGGUUUACCAGGUUCCUCGCCAAGCUCAGUUUUUCGCCUUGAAUAUGAAGAUGCUAGAAAGAGCUCUGCAUUUAAGCAGAGCCUUGUGCAAUUCCCGGACCAAAUGCUGAAACUGCAAGAGUGCCCUUUAAAAGACCUACUUAGGCAUGUGACUUGUUCUCUACCAGAACCUUUGGGCAACAUGAACGAAGUCAAAGGCAUUUACUGGCUUGCUGUUGCUACCUGCACAGCACCUGACCCUCAGCCAGCGUGUUUGCUCCUGCUUCAGUCAACUUUAUAUGCUUUGGUCCUGUCAGAUAAUCUCCUUGGCUCAAUGAGCAUUUUUCAUGCUCUACCUCUCUCUGGUCUACAGGAGAUUCAGAUUGGCUUUGGUGGACAGAGUAUUCGAUUCCUGAGCUCUGCAGAGGGUCUUCUGCUCACUGCGUUCAGUUACAACAAAUACCUCUCUCAACAGCUGUGUCGUGACCUCCUGUGUGUCCUGAUGCCAGAGCCUGAUGCCGCUGCCUGCGCUAAUCAUCCCUUGCUCCAGCAAGAUCUGGUUCAGCUUUCUCUUGAUUGGAAAACAGAAAUCCCUGAUUUAGUUUUGCCAAAUGGAGUUCAGGUGUCAUCCAAAUUCCAGACUACCUUGGUUGACAUGAUUUACUUUCUUCAUGGAAAUAUGGAAGUCAAUGUCCCUUCCCUGGCAGAAGUUCAGUUACUGCUCUACACAACAGUGAAAGUCAUGGGUGACUCUGGCCGUGACCAGUGCCAGUCGCUAGUCCUUCUGAACACCCACAUUGCACUGGUGAAGGAAGACUGUGUUUUUUAUCCACGCAUUCGAUCUCAAAACAUACCUCCUCCGGGUGCACAAUUUGAUGUGAUCAAAUGCCAUGCUUUAAGUGAAUUCAGGUGUGUUGUUGUUCCAGAAAAGAAAAAUAUGUCAACAGUAGAACUAGUCUUCUUACAGAAACUCAAACCUUCAGUAGGUUCCAGAAAUAGUCCACCUGAGCACCUUCAGGAAGUCCCAGAUGUCCAGUUGUUCACCACCCCAUUGUAUCUUCAAGGCAGUCAGAAUGUCGCACCUGAGGUCUGGAAACUUACUUUCAAUUCUCAAGAUGAGGCUCUUUGGCUAAUCUCACAUUUGACAAGACUCUAAGGAGGAGACUUUUAAAGAUGCACUACAUGUUUUUUGAGAUCAUUAAUAAAAUAAGCAUUGUGAAAACAGUCAAGGCAAUAUGAAUAUCUCUGUGUAGCUAAUUGAAUUGGAACUGGAAAAAUGCAGACCUCUAAAAUUGAAAAUGUAAAUAUUUUAAAUAUCUACAAUAAAAUAAAAACAGCUAAUAGCA